ACCGGAUCUCGCAUGUCUCGUAUAAAGUCCCGUCGAUGAAGAGGUCUAUCCAUCGCCCCAUCCUUCGCCCUCUAAUCCAACCGUCCUCAUCGUCAUUUACCGCAAUGUGCAACCUCGAAACCGAAGGCACCAAGCACGGUUGCGGCCACUAUAUCAAGACCCGGACGAUCCGGAAGAUAGAUUGUGGCAGCAGCCGAUGCAUUCAUUCAAUCCGACACCCUUCUGACCCCAGACAUGAUUGCUCAGACUCGGGAUGUAACCGUUAUCUGGGUCCCGACCGCGGAGAGACCGUAACCCGCACCACCGCUGACUACUGCACUCAGUGCGAGUACUGGUACAGAGGCCCCGGAUCCCGGCCCCGUACAUAGGCUUUGCCUACUGCAAUACCCGCACGUCCGUCUAGCGUCUAUUCUAGAUCUCUUCGACUAUCUUUCAACUGCACCACUGUUCCCAUGCUCUCUGUACUCCUACAUUGCUUUCAUAGUCGAUCAAUAUAUUUAGUCUCUCUGUAUCAGUUCUUUCAUAUAUAUCGUAUCACUUCAACUUCAAUUCCCUAGUAUUUAACGGUCAUCUAAUCUUCAUAAUGCACUACGCACUCAGUACAGUAAUAUCUACCACUUGACUGCCAGACC